GGUUUCUCACAUGUUUCCCUUGUUCGCACACGACUUUUCAUCGUUUACAUACUCUUUCUAUUCCUCGUCAACUUAAAACUUCCAUCUUGACAUCCUCACACCCUCUCGAAAGAAGCAUCCGCAAAUUCCUAUAUUAUAAUCUCAUCAUACCUGAUCAAUCAUAUCAUAUCAAAGAUGUCUUACGCACAAGCAGCAGCUUCAGGUCCACAACAGACUGAUGAGGAGGAAUCUCUUCUACCUCCGACGAUAUUUACUACUCAUUCAGGUCAAGAACUAAUCAUCCCACCACAGAAACGUGCUCCUGCCCCACCAUCUGUCAUCUCCACCGAAGCUCCCUCCACCUCCUCCUUAAUUGACGUCGACACCGAUUCCGUGCACACUGUUCCUUCAGACUUCCAAUCGCAGCCAGUCCAAACCGAGACACAAGCCAACCGUCUCGAGCAAGAAGCUGAACAGAUCGAGGCUAAGCUUCGCGCUGCAAAGGAUGCCGCUUCCAAGAAAUCAAAGAAGGGCAAGAGCCGUGUUCAAGAGAACAGUGAUAACCCAGUCGUGAUUGGAAAUGCGAUCGCCGUCGCAGCAUUGAGCACUGGUUUGGGAUUCGGAGCAUAUUCAAAAUACGCAAAGGGAGAGUUGACAUGGAAGGUUGUGGGUGCGUGGGCUGGUGUUGUGGGUGCUUUGGCUGUUGGAGAUUAUUACUUGAGCUCGUACCUUUUCAAGACCAAGUACCCAGCCAAGAAGUAAAGAGGAUAUGAAUAGGUGAAGGACUACGGCUUGAGAGAAGGCAGGAUAGUCAAGGGAUCAUAACAAUUACGUAUGGUCAAUUGGCUUGUGGUGGUCAAAUCUCUAAAUGUUACGACAUGGAGAUACUUUGUAUCUGGUGGUGUUACUGCGACUGCGGAACUCUCCCCUCUGUGCGCUUUUGGGAUCGAUAUCAAUGCGGCUUGUGCAGUCUAUAUUGGUGGGAUGAUGAACCUGUUCAUAGAUCAAGGUUCGCACUUUCAACGAAGGACGAUUUACGACAUUGUUUGUUAUUCUGAUUGGUGAAAAUCUUCUAUGUUGUUUUUAAACAGGCGCUACCUGAAAUGAGCGGCCUAUACUAGGCUUCGACUACUUCCUCCCCACAAAGAAUCUACAAGAAAAAUCGUAGUUGACUUGCAAGCUUCUUUCGGUGGCGUGCAGGCGAGCAUACUUUUAUCCGGAAUCGAAAUGUACCUUUGUAGCCCCAAACCUGGCUACAGACACCGGGUGAUGUAAAUUUUAUAUAGCUGUUUACAUGUGUAUCCUCCA